AUGCCCUCCGCCGCAAUCUGCAAGGAGGAGGCGGUGGGAUUCGGGCCGGCGGGCUGGGCGUGCGAUGCCGGGCAGGUCGAGCCGGUGCCGGACGGCGCGUCGAUGGCCAACCGCGGGCGCGCAUCCCCGAUGUCGGAAAGAGGCUCGCCGGAUGGCGAGGGCGACUCAUGCGCGGACGCGGAGGCGGUGAUGAAGGACUUCGUGGCGGCCCUGGGGGCCUACUUCCGGCCGGAGGGGGGGGCCGGCGGGGCCGUGGAGGAGCUCCGGCUGAACGCCAACGCGCUGGGCUCGCGCCGGGGCCCGCCGAGCUCCAGCUCGCAGUUCCGCGGCGUCACGCGGCACAGGCGGACCAAGAAGUGGGAGUCCCACAUUUGGUACAACAAGAAGCAGCUCUACCUGGGAGGCUUCAAGGAGGCCAUGGAUGCUGCAAAGGCGCACGACAUCAUGGGCCUGAAGCUGAGAGGCAGCAAGGCACACACGAACUUCGAGCCCAGUGGCUACCUGCGUCUGGGGCCCUUCCUGGACACCCUGUCGAUGGACCAAGUCAUCGAUGCCCUGCGUAUGGUCAGCAAGGGUGCUGACUUUGGAACUGCCAUGAAGAAGUCUGUCCGUGCAUCGCGUGCAGCAAAGCACCAGAAUCAGCAACAGCACAACUUGAUCGAUGCUUUUGUGUCGUCUGGCGAUGAGGACGGCACCCUUGUGCCGAUCGCUGGCCACAUUGCUGACAACAUCCAGGCCAUGCUACUGCCGCCGAUCUGGACUGGCAGGGAGCACUUGCGUGAGGGCGCCACCAUGGAGGACCUUAGCAGCACCGUGAUCAUGAGCCCCACCUUGGGAACCUCCAAGGUGGCAGACCUCCUGUCUUCCUGCCCUCUGGAGCCGGCCUCAAGUGCCCUGAUCGAUGAUGCCAUGGAUGCGACCUGGGCCCCAAUCAUGUGUGCCAACGACAUCCCGCUGUUCCCUGAGCUCGGGAUCCAUGCCAGCCCCUUUGGGCAGUACAGCCAGGCCAUCGAACUCGAGCAGACGGAGCAGAGGGUGCAGUCGGAGUUGAGGUCGGACCUUGACCUGAUGUGCGGGCAGUCACCCGGAGAGGUCAUGGGGGGCACGGUGGUGCCGCUGGGCCAAAGGGCUGCGAGCGAACCUCUUCCCGAAGUGGACGAGGGAACGUACGGGUGGCAGGACCUCAGCCAGCCAGUGCAGUUUGGCCGUCAGCACAGCAUGCACGUGGUGGACCACUCUGCCAGCGGCCAGGCCUGCCCCCAGCACGAGUCCGUGAUCGUCAAGGUGCCUGUGUAUCAGAGCAAGGUGGUGCAGUACCCGGGGGGUGCUGCCCGGGCUGCCUCCAUGCCCGUGCCCACCGCCGGUAGCGUCGCGGCCGAGCAGACCUACCUGUACGCCAACCAGGGAGGCGGCUCUGACGCCUACACCACCCUGUCUUCGAGGUCGAGUGCAAGUGCCAUGGAUGCCUACGGACGAUCCCAGGCUGCGGACAUCGUGCAGUUUCCAUCGCUGAACGUGCAGUAUGCCGAUGACUUUGGAGAUGGGAUGCAGGUGUCUGAUGCAAUGGUGGGGAUGUACUCAGCGGAGCAGUUUGGGCUGGACAGCCGGGCCAGCGGCGCGACCGGCCUGAGCUCGAGUGGCAGCGGGGACGCCAGCGGGCGCUGCUUAUGA